AUUCUGUGGUCCUUAGACUGAGUCAGUAGGUUGAGUCAUUCAGGGGGAGUAGAGUCUAAGUGGUGAGGAGUGGAACCGUUGUUUGGUUGUACACCUAACACCAUGGUUGACACCCGUGGAGGGAAGAGCACUACCCCUUACACCCAGGCCCAAGAGGAGCGUGCCACCGCCAUUCUGAAAGAGAGAAAGGAGAUGAAGGAGAAGAAGGAGCUCCUCAAACAGGCGAAGUUAAAGGCGAUAGCGGAGGAGCAAGCGGCGAAGAAGAAGAAGUUGGAGGAAGAGAUGAGGAGAUUAGAGCAGGAGGAGGAAGAGAAGAGGAGUGCUGCUGAAGAAGCAGCAGCAGUAGAGGAGGUAGAAGUAGAAGACAUACCCCUCGACAGGAGACGCAGGGAAGAACGAGGGGAAAGCAGUGGCACGAAGGGAGAGGAUGCGUGGAUGGAGAAAAAGAUUAGCGAGUGGGUAGCUAAUUUAUCUUUGGGAGAGGAUGAGGAGGCACUGUUGUACAUGCCUCAGGAGCAGAGAGAAGCAUUCGCUAGGGAGUUGGAAGCGAUGGAGGACCUCCUGAACCGCAAGACAACAGAAGAUGAAAAGAGAUUGGAGUGGAAGUUGCGACCAACCAGGGAGAAGAAGAGAAGGAGGGAGGAAGCCAACCGGGUGGCUAGAGAGGUGGAGAAAGUCCGGGCAUGCAGACAAGAGGUGCAGGCACAACCAGAGAUCCCCGCGGAGUUAAACAAGAGUCGGUGCCUAGCUAGCUGUCCAGAAACUGCUUGUGUUAGCGUCUCUCUAGGCACUUCCCUCACAGGCGUGGCAGAAGAGUUGAAGGAGAGAAUGCCUGCCUGGGCCAAAAUGAAGAAGGAUAGUAAGGGACAACUAGUCUUAGUGGAUGUAGAGGUCUUUAGGAGUAGAGUAGGGGCCCUAAUAGACUCAGGGGCCACUCGCAGUUAUAUUAGCCGUAGAGCGCUGAAGAAGCUAAGGCUAGGGUUAAAAGUCCAAAGGUUAGAAGACCCCAUAGUUAGUGUCCUCGCAGACAUUCGCAGUAUGCGUGUUGAGGACUACGUAGAGGGAGUCCAAGCGUAUUUUCGCCUAGAGAAAGAUGGGAAGGUGGAGAAGGUUCUCCAUUCCCUGACUGUCCUCGUACAGGAUGACCUUCCUUUUGACAUAUUCCUAGGCAUGGAUUGGGGAGAGGCACCAGGGGCCACACUUCAUUUGAGAGAGCAUGAGUGUAGGCUCCGUAGUCCGUCCGACGAGGUUAAGACUGCCCGCCUGUUUCAUGUGUAUGGAGUAGAUAACUCCUUGGCACAUUGCUGUCUCAGUUCUCCCGCGUUCGCACGAUUAGUGAGAAAGGAGCAGUUGGAGGAGCAGGUCUUUGUAGCCUAUGUGAGGCUUGUCACUGAGCCUAAGGAAGACACACCCAUAGACCCAGCUAUUGCCAAGCUGCUGGAAAAGUUUAAGCAUUUGACAGAGUCGUCGACAGGAGUAGUGCCGCGGCCAAUCUAGCAUCGUAUAGAGAUAGAGCCUGACAGUAGAACUCCUAAGGGAGCAGUCGACAGGAUGUCCCCAAUGGAGUUAGAGAAGUUGCGUAAGCAGUUAGACGAGC